AUGAGCACCACGUUCUCUCUCCUUGGCCAGGGCCUCAAGCUCAAUACCCGCGCAGACAUUGAGCCGCAUCUCGCCAAGUUCGACCCCACCUCGAUCGAGGAGAUUCAUUUCGGCGGGAACACCGUCGGCGUCGAGGCCGCAGAGGCCCUCGCCGAGUUCCUCGCGAAGACGACGAAGCUCCGGGUCGCGAACUUCGCGGACAUCUUCACCGGCCGGCUCAUCUCCGAGAUCCCGCCCGCGCUCUCCGCGAUCUGCGACGCGCUCAUCGGCAAGCCGACGCUCGUCGAGAUCGACCUCUCGGACAACGCCUUCGGCGGGCGCUCCGUCGACCCCAUCGUCCCCUUCCUCUCCUCCGCGCGCUCCCUCCGCGUCCUCAAGCUGAACAACAACGGCCUCGGCCCCGCCGGCGGCACCGUCAUCGCCGACGCGCUCGCCACCCUCGCCCGCGAGCUCCCCGCCGGCACCCCCUCCGCGCUCCGGACGGUCAUCUGCGGCCGGAACCGGCUCGAGGACGGCUCCGCGGCGGCGUGGGCGGCGGCGCUCGCCGCGCACGGGACGCUCGAGGAGGUGCGGAUGCCGCAGAACGGGAUCCGGAUGGACGGCGCGGUGCGGAUCGUGGAGGCGCUCGCGCGGAACGCGGCGCUCGCCCACUUUGACCUCCAGGACAACACGUUCGGGGACCCGGGCACGGACGCGGUCGCGGCGGCGCUCGCGCGCGGGGCGUGGCCCGCGCUGCGGGUGCUCAACCUGUCGGACUGCGUGAUCGGGAAGGAGGGCGAGGUGUCGCCGGUGGUGAGCGCGCUCGCGAAGGGCCUCCAGAGCAAGCUGGAGCUGCUCCAGCUCCAGAACGACAACCUGGAGACGGAGGAGUGCGCCAUCCUGGCGGGCGUCGUGGGCAAGAUGCCGCUGCUCAAGCGGGUCGAGCUCCAGUGGAAUGAGGUCGAGGCGGAGGACGAGAGCGUCGUUGCGCUCUUGACCGCCCUCCGGAGACAAGGCGGCAAGCUGAUCUUGGACGACGAUGAGGAGGAAGAGGAGGAGGAGGAAGGAGGAGGAAGAGGCUGA